CCUCCAUCCUUCACCUUGUCGAGGAGGAGCUCGUUGACAAGAACUACAGACUUGUAGCAUAUAAAUGAGAAAUUUUUAGAAAAAAAAAAAAAGAAUUUAACUUCAAUUGAAGAAACCUUCAUUUGAACAGCAGGCUGAACGGACAGCAUUUGCGGCGUUUGUUUACAAACUGACAGUACUUCGUAACGAUAUGAUGAACGGCGGCAGAAGAAAAACUGUUGAUGUAUGGAUCGAUUGCGACCCUGGACACGACGAUGUCGUUGCUUUGAUGGUUGCUGCUUGUGCGGACCAUUGUAACAUUCUAGGUUUGAGCACCGUGCACGGGAACACGGUUGUUGAAAAUGCAACUCAGAAUGCUCUUUCAGUGAUGGAGCUGUUAAAAAAAGAUGUUGAUGUUCAUUCAGGAGCUUCGAAACCUUUGAUGAGACCGUCUAAGCUUGCAACCCAUAUACACGGUGUGAAUGGACUGGCAGGCAUCGCUCUUUUACCAGAUCAACCCCGGAAACGGGCUUCUCCUGAUGCAGUUGUAGCCAUGUAUCAAGCUAUUUCUCAGAAUCCUAUUCCGGUAACUCUUGUCGCGACAGGCCCUCUGACGAACAUCGCUUUAAUGUUGGCCACUUACCCUACAGUUUCCGAAAAUAUUGAACGACUCGUUUUCAUGGGUGGGAGUACGGGGAUUGGAAAUAUUACUUCACAAGCUGAAUUCAACAUGUUUGCUGACCCCGAGGCUGCCAAACUAGUCCUUGAAACUACUUCACUCUCCGGAAAACUUUAUAUGGUUCCAUUAGAUGUAACGCACAGCGUUCUAAUGGAUUCCGCAAUCAUGGAAAAAUUACGGCAACAUGGAAGUCCCAUCAGUAAUACCCUAGUCGAACUUAUGACCGUUUUCCAAGCCACUUAUGAAACUGUUUAUGGAUUCAAAAAUGGUGUUCCCGUACACGAUGCCUGUGCUAUGGUUUACGCAUUGUGGCCCGAAAUUAUGUCUUCAAGAAUCAUGUAUGUUACCGUCAGCAUCGACCAGCUGACUCUUGGCCGUACUGUCUGUGAUGUAUGGUCGCAACAAACUCAGAUGCUUCCAAACGUUCAUGUUGUCCUUAGUGCUGAUGUUGUUGCUUUUUGGAAUUUAUUUAUGCAAGUUGUUGAAAAGCUUAACACAUUGUGAUUUGGUGAAGCGUUGUAUUUUAUGAUGAAACAUGCUUCCGUUACUUUUAGCAGAAAUGCUCUUCUUUCGUAAUAUUACGCACAGUGUUUUUACAGGAAACAAUAAUAAGGAUUUUCUGACUUUGUUGUAUAGAGUUGCUCUUCAUAUUUCUCUAUGCAACCUUUUUCCGAAGUUUUUACGACAACUUUUUUGAAGAUUAUCUUUCAUUCAACUGACAGUCAUCAUCUUUUCGUAGGGAUUACAUUGCUAUCAUUUUAACUAUUAUGAUUAUUCGUCGUCUAAAUUUACCAUUGCAUAACCUCCUUUUAAUGAGAAUUCCUAUCGUUAUUAAAUGCAAAUAAGAAACAAAACCUGUAGCCAACUCCAAUACUGAGAGCAAAAUUAAAUAGUAUAGUCUUAGCAUAUAAAGCCUAAAAAAGAGCAAAAC